GCGAUGCCCCCAUUCCAAUUAUCACCCUCCGAAACCAUCUGCCUACUACUUUCAAUGAGUAUCAACAUGUCAAAAAGGCCCACCAGAUGUAGCUGCAAUGCGUCCUUUCCGAGUAGUGAACUUUUGGACCAACAUCUUAGAGAAAUCCAGACACAAGAAAACUUGUUCGCUGCUCUAAUCAAGCAGUGCCAAACCCAUUCAAGGGUAGAAUCAAGACCGAUAGCUAAAAACACGUCUUGUCCUCACCAGGAAUGUAUUGGGCGAGAGCCGUUUGCAACCGGGCAAAAACUUCGACGACACUUUGAGCAGCAUUUCACCUGCGAUGAAAUAUGCGUUUAUUGUUCCAAAAGAUUCACAAGAUUAUCCACUUUCAGAAGACAUGCUGAAGAGUCACAUACUAAGGAUUCGCCGUCCCCGAGCGGGGAUGAUAGGAAAGCAAGAUAUAUGAGACAGGCAUGCGAAGAAUUGAGACGCGCUGCUGAAUUAGAGCUACAUUCUCUCGUACAAGGCAAGAGAAUUUUAGAAGGCGACGAUGGACAGUCAAGAGGUACGAAAAGAAAUUGGGAUGAGGCACAUCUGGAUCGCGAGGCCGGAGAUAUGGGAGUGACAAGAAACAAUGGACCAAUCGUGGAUGAAUCUCAACAAAUCAACGCCAUUCCAUCAAUGCCCACGCAAUCAACUACCACAUACAUGGUGACUCCCGAAGUGGCUGAAUUCGAGGCAGAGCCAACAAUAGACGUCUUUAGUGGCGGUUCAAUGGUCUUUCCAGUUGACGCGGUGGGGAUAAAUGACGUUUUUGACGCCCCUCUCCUAUAUCAGCUUAGCCAUCCACUACACGGGGUAGCAGCAGAUCAACCAAGUCUAUUCCGAGCUUUCGGUCAGACCUGAGAAU